CGGCACACUGUUCGAGUUGGAAGGAUGACGCCUGGAGCGAAGCAAGAACUGGCAGCCAAAAUCAAGGUCUUGGAUUAUAUUGAGGGCAAGCGGUCAGAGAACCCUGAGGCUGUUCUCAUGUCUCUGACAGCAAGCGACAGGUCUUCAGUAGAACAGUCUCUUUUAGAAAGCAUUUUAGAUGACAAUGCACCUAUUCCUGGAAUACAAGAAGUAGUACAGGCUGUACAGAAAGCCUCUGAUCUGUGCGAAGCACGACUUCCAGUGCUACCAGGACUCAAACUUAGUAAUAAACGUCAGAGGCAACGGUGA